UUUCUUUAGCAUUGUAGUUGUGAUAAGUAGCACAUAAAGUCUGAUAUUUUUCCUCGAUAGUCGAUAAAAUUUCCUGCUUAUGAGUUCAUUAAAUCUCGAUGUGGCUGCUCAAGCAAUUUCCGAAAACUAUUACCUGCGCACGCGAUUGCGUCAGAUGGAGGAUGAGGAUCAAAAAUCAGGAACUUUCACUCAAGUAACUUUUGUCAACACAAAGACUCUGGAAAAUCUCAAACGACGCAAUGAAGAGCUGCAUUCUACCAUCUCAGAAUUGGAGAAGGAAUUGGUACGCCUUAGGGGCGUCAACGUGACUGAACUUUGCCAUGAAUACCUGCAUCUCGACCAGCGCAGGUCCUAUCUGAAUAACGAAAAUAUUAGUCUGCGCAAUAUUUUAUCGAACCAGAAGCGUGAUGUCAAAAGGGCCACCAAUGCUAUCAAUUUUUGCCAGGAGAAGCGCCGUCAAAACGAUGCACAAAACGAAUUGAUACGGUUAGAUAUCGAAAUGUUUCGCAGGAGGCGGAAGGGUAUCUUAGAGGAGAUACACGACUUAUCUCAAAAGGAAAGACGUCUCGAGUCAGAGCUACAAUUUUUAUCCACCCCCAACGAGCAAAUCGAGAAGGAGAUACAAAAGGUCAUGCAGGACAAUAUGAAGAAGGAUCAAAAGAUUGAAAAAUUGACACAUGAUUUGGAGGUAUUAGAAAAAGGAGAAAUAGUUGAAGAAAGUGAAGGGGAUGAUGAAGAGAUUGAGAACCUUCGCAACGAAUACGUCUAUUUGAAAGAACAGCUGAAGGCGAUGAAAAAAUAGUCGACAUUUUUUUUGAGAGUCUUGCUUGUAACUUAUGUACUAUGCUAGCUGAAGUUAAGAUGCGGGUGCUCGAAGUUUUUACCCCCCAAGCAUCUUGAAUUACAAUGUAGAUUAAAUAUUGCAUUGCUGACAAAAAAUAAAAA